AUGAGUUGUCUUGGUGCUGCCGAGGCAAUCCACGUUGUAGUGUUGCUCAGUGAAUUCCUUGACACUUUCUUCACUGCUAUUUUGAUCGACAAGUGGAUGCUGCAAGUGAAUCGCCUGGCGGAGGUGGCUUCCAACCAGCCACAUGCUGCGUAUGAGGUGUUUGUAAAGGGCCUCAUGUCCAAGUGGCGGCACCACUUGCUCGUCCUAUCUUGCCCGGCGAAUCUUUUGGACCGUCUCGACGCCGCCAUUACGACCAAGCUGCUGCCAGCGCUCAGUGGCCAUUCCUGUUUGGACGAGUUGCCACUGAGAAAGCUGCUAUCGCUACCAGCGCGGUUUGGUGGCAUGGCAAUCCCUGUGCCCUCGGUGGAGGCCAAGAAAGAGUUUUCUGCAUCCAGAUUGAUUGUGGCUCCUGUGGCUUCCUGCACACGACCACCAGCACCCCCAACAAGCACUAACGAGACUACCCAAACAGACCAGCUGAACGAGGCAACAGCCCUCAGCAGGCUGGAGGCCGGGCCACUCUCGAAAUGCUCUCACCUCACUGUGGAUAAUGGAGAUGUGCCAAGCGGCUCAGGCAACUUGAACAACAUUCACAGUGUCACAUGUACUUCUGGCUUCGAGCUAAUGGGAAACUCAAUAGUGAUCUGCCUUGACGAUGGCAAUUGGUCUAGCAUACCUGAGUGUGUCCAAUCUGUGGAGUGCAGCUCCCUCACGGUUGCCAAUGGACAAGUCUCUCAAGGACAGAACACGGUUGGCAGUGUGAGGACAUUGUCGUGCGAUGAUGGCUAUGAGCCCAAAAGCGAUAGGACAAUAGUCUGCUUGGUGAAUGGCACCUGGUCAAGCAAUCCAACGUGUCAAGAAAUCACAUGUACACCAGCUCUUACUUCUCCCACCAAUGGUACAAUAGCCAGCAGCUCAAAUGUCGUUGGUGGUGCAACAUACUUCACCUGUGACUCAGGAUUUACACUAGUAGGCACAAGUGCAUCUGUGUGCACCACAUCUGGAUCAUGGUCACAACCAGUACCAACCUGCCAACAAAUAUACGCAAGUGCACCAUCAUCUGCACCAUCAACUGCAGGGCCUAUAGCCGAAGCGCAUCAACCAAGUACAAUGUUGGCAGCCGGCGCAGUUGGACUAGGUAUCGGGUCUGUCGCCAUGGCCAUUCCAUUCAUAAUUGUUCUGCUAUGUAUCCGUAGAUCAAUGGCUUACAAUGGCAAGAAGCAGCACCCAACUACAGAACCAAAAGAAAUAAUCAACAUGACAUCAAAUACAGCCUAUGGAGACGUUAUGAUUUCAAAUCCAGAGUCAGUUUACGAACAAAUCAACGCAUAGGUCGAUGCCUUCUUACACCUACUCUUACACGUAUUAAGUACAAUAAUGUGAAUUGUUCCAAUCAUCUAAUUUUUAAGGUUCAGCCAGAAUCUACGUGGGGACAAAAAUAAUGUUGUAUGCGAACUAUGAUUUUUUUAUGAAAGCUGCAGACAUCAACGUGCAACUUCAAUUUGUUCAUAAUAGUAUCUUUUUGUUUGAUGUUGUCAUUGCUGCCUUCCCCGCUCACAUUGCCUGUGAUAGUUACGAACGAUUCUGCGUCUUUCUACUUGUAAGUGCAUAUGUGUUCCCUCGGUGAGACGCGCCACCGGUAUGCUUCUCGCUUCCAUGCUAGUGCUAUUCUAGUUGCAUUUUCUCUAUUUCUUUUUUGUACCUACAAUGCAUUUUCGCUUCCCUAUUACAGUACAUUCAUAUUGAAUCCAUUCCAUUGCAUAUGUUCACAGAAGACGUAUCUAGCAACGGGUUUGAACACGUCUUUUUACAUGUAAAUUUCAGUUUAGGUCUUCCAUCGAAUGUCUUUUAAUCAGCCUAAGGUUUGUGCUACCCUAGUCUUCUGAAUUCCUUCCAGCGAUCUUUAAACUGACUGCUUGUGAGUCCAGAGCGAAAUCCAACUUACCUUGUCAUUCUGUGGCGUAUUGAAUCUGGCGGCAGCUAUGUUAUCCUCGUCGCUCGGCCAUCGCAGUACUUAGGGAGCUACUCCUC